CCAACUUGGGUGGAGUUUUUAGGCCGUUUUGUGACAACUGUCCCGUGGCGAGAAAUUGACAAGAAUUCACAUUUUACACAAGUUCAUUUUGUAAAUAUAUGUGUGACAUCUUGUUCAUGUUGUCGGGAAGCAACGUCUGUAUUAGCUGGUAACCUCAUGGUCAACCCACAGUACUGAAGUCUCUCAAGGUUAGCCCGGUACCCUGUCCUUGAGGGUAAGCCAGCUGGACGGGUGACCAAUCCUAGAAGUUGACCAUCGCUAGGUGAUAGCCAACGCUACCCUUGUGGUUGGUACUCAGCAUCAACUGGUGCUCAUAACUGAAGUGUAUAGCUGAAAAGAGCAGAUUCCUGCUUAUCCAGAUUUUAUGGACCCAGAUCCAUCUGGUGGAGUUGACAACGGAGACGACAGCAUGGCUGCAACAGCGAGGAAUGUCAAACUUGUUGUUGUCGGUGACGGUGCUGUCGGGAAGACUUGUAUGCUGUGGUCAUACACACAUAAUGCCUUCCCGAAAGAAUAUGUCCCAACAGUGUUUGAUAAUUUCUCGCAGCUGAUCAAAGUAGAAGGCAUCACGGUGAACCUUGGCCUGUGGGACACUGCCGGACAAGAAGACUAUGAUAGAUUAAGACCUCUAUCCUACCCACAGACUGACAUAUUCCUAGUUGCCUUCAGUGUUGUGGGGCCAUCCUCAUAUUCCAACGUUCAAACUAAAUGGGUACCAGAGUUACAGCACCAUGCUUCUGGAGUGCCUUUUAUCUUAGUAGGAACAAAAACUGAUCUUCGAGAAGACAAGGAAACGCUGGCCCAGCUGACGCAGCAAGGCAAGAGCCCUUUUAAGAAGGAGACUGGCGAGAAACUAGCAACUAAGAUCGGUGCCGUUAAGUACAUGGAAUGCUCUGCACUUACACAGAAAGGCCUGAGACCCUUGUUCGAAGAUGCAGUGAAGAUAGUCUUGAUGCCCAACGCAACACCCAAACCCAAACGAAAAAAUUGUAGAAUAUUGUGAGUUAGCUGUAUCCCUGCCGUACAAGUGUCACCAA